AUGUCCAACAGCAGUUCCAUCAUGGAUUUCAUUCUUCUGGCAUUCGCAGACACGCGGGAGCUGCAGCUCUUGCACUUCUGGCUCUUCCUGGGCAUCUACCUGGCUGCCCUCCUGGGCAACGGCCUCAUCAUCACCGCCGUAGCCUGUGACCACCGCCUCCACACCCCCAUGUACUUCUUCCUCCUCAACCUCUCCCUCCUCGACCUGGGCUCCAUCUCCACCACUCUCCCCAAAGCCAUGGCCAAUUCCCUCUGGGACACCAGGGCCAUCUCCUACCCAGAAUGUGUUGCACAGGUCUUUCUCCUUUUCUUCUUUAUUUCUGCUGAGUAUUUUCUUCUCACUGUCAUGGCCUAUGACCGCUACGUUGCCAUCUGCAAACCCCUGCACUACGGGACCCUCCUGGGCAGCAGAGCUUGUGUCCACAUGGCAGCAGCUGUCUGGGGCAGUGGGUUUCUCUAUGCUGUGCUGCACACGGCCAAUACAUUUUCACUACCCCUCUGCAAGGGCAAUGCUGUGGACCAGUUCUUCUGUGAAAUCCCCCAGAUCCUCAAGCUCUCCUGCUCACACUCCUACCUCAGGGAAGUUGGGCUUCUUGUGGUUAGUGCCUGUUUAGCAUUUGGGUGUUUUAUUUCAAUUGUGCUGUCCUAUGUGCAGAUCUUCAUGGCCGUGCUGAGGAUGCCCUCUGAGCAGGGACGACACAAAGCCUUUUCUACGUGCCUCCCUCACCUGGUUGUGAUCUCCCUGUUUGUCAGCACUGGCAUGUUUGCCUACCUGAAGCCCCCCAGAAUUACUUUUCCCCUUCUAAAUCUGGUGGUGGCAUUGCUAUAUUCAUUGGUUGCCUGUUUAUCAUUUGGGUGUUUUGCUUCCAUCGUGCUCUCCUAUGUGCAGAUCUUCAGGGCCGUGCUGAGGAUCCCCUCUGAGCAGGGACGGCACAAAGCCUUUUCCACGUGCCUCCCUCACCUGGCUGUGGUCUCCCUGUUUAUCAGCACCAGCAUGUUUGCCUACCUCAAGCCCCCUUCCAUCUCUUCCCUUUUCAUGGAUCUGGUGUUGGCAGUGCUGUACUCGGUACUACCUCCAGCAGUGAACCCCCUCAUCUACAGCAUGAGGAACCAGGAGCUCAAAGAUGCGCUGAAGAAGCUGAUUCAAUCAGUAGUCUUUCAGCAGCAAUAA